AUGCGGGGAAAACUUCUCGCGAAGAAAUCCAACACCAACAUGCCGGGGCCAAAGAACCCCCAAUGCUGCGAUCCAUGUCGCGUUCUUCACCAUAAAUGUAAGCCAUCCGCACCACACCCAGCGCGCAUCGCUAAUCCUUCAGGCGACGGAGUUUUGCCACAAUGCGGCCGAUGCGCUCGAACAAGCCGGGAAUGUACACGAGGGAAACGCGAGACCAAAUUUCGACAAGCAAAGGGCCGCGCAUCGCGCACCAAGUUUCCUCAGAAUCAAGUCUGGCUCCGGCCACCACCGCGAGUUGAUUUUGUGCUGGAAUCAGGAAGCGGAGAACCAGACGAUUUGACAGAGAGGGAAGCGAAUCACUCGCCAGAUAGAGGUGCUCAGUCCAUUCCGAGUCCGGAAAGGCCGUCGUCAAGGUCCUCGUACGCUGCCAUACUACCGAGCUACGAACAUACAGCGCACCAGCUACCCAGCAGUGGUCGGUCGUCCAUUAUACCUGGCCCAGAUACCCCUGAACAGCAACAUGAGCGGCGAUGGCCUUUGCGCGACCCGGAGGAAGCUCGUCUAUUGCAGCAUUUUGUGAACAAUGUUGCCCCAUUCUUUGACUGCACCGAUCGCCAGCAGCAUUUCGCCAUCCAUAUCCCCCACCGAGCACGCCGUUGCGAAACCCUGUUUAACGCCAUAAUGGCCAUGUCGGCCCGACAUCUCAAUCGGACUACACAAUUUGAUCCCUUCGUAUCUGAUCACUACUACCAGGCGUGUCUGGAAAAACUGAUUCCAGCGCUGGACAACCAUGGGGUGACAAUGGACGAUGACCUGCUAGCUGCCACCGUUAUCUUGCGACUACUCGAAGAAUUUGAUGUCCCACUCGCUGGGUCGGAUAUUCGGGGUCACUCCUUCGGCACGAAAGCUUUCAUACGGGGCCCCACGCUGAAGACCACAACGCCUAGCCUAAGACAGGCUGUAUACUGGAGUGGAUUGCGGCAGGAAAUUUACAACGCGCUCAGUCUGCAGCAGGCCCCUGACAUUGAUCUUAGUUCCCUUAACCUGAACUCCGAGUUCAGUCCACUUGGACCAGAUGCUGGUGAUUGUGCUUGGGCAAAUCAGGCCAUCGCACAUUGUGCGGAUGUUUUAAUAUUUUGUUUUGGAGAGGGCCACCGCUCGACUGCUGUGCAUGCAGAACUCAAGGCACAGAAUGAGCAGUGGACUGAGACCCGGCCAGAUUCGUUCGACCCAUUCUUUGUGGGCGAGGAGGUGGAGAUUGGCACUGCAUUUCCUGACAUUCGUUUUGGCUGUCCCUGGCAUGCAAUUGGAAACCAGUACACUGAUCUUGCCCGGAUUUUGCUAGCUGUCCAUGAUCCAAGCUUGCCGACUGUCGGUCCUCUGCGCAGACGGUUGAUUCAAGAGGCUGAUGAUCUAAUCCGCAAGGGGGUCUGGACUGUAUGUGGCGCUGCACUAUCUAACGCACAUGUACCUCCAGCGAUGGUGGUCGGGUGCAUGGCUAUUCAUCUUUGCGGGGACCGAUUUACAGACCCACAGCAGCAAGACCUGUUGAUUCAGGUUCUUGUUCGAACAGACACCCUGCACGGCUGGCCAACUCAUGCGCUCCAGCGACAGCUUCGGGAGACGUGGGGCAUUCACUGA